AUGAAGACCCGACUAAAAAUCAUAUUUGGCGUGGUUAUAUGCCUUUUGUUUUCCUUAUUACUUACGUGUAUUAUACUGCUUCCAUCAAGAGUUAUCAACACAGAUGAUGGUCCCAGAGCUCUUACACUGGAGGACUAUUUGAAUGGAAACUUCCAAUACAAAACGUUUUUUCCAUAUUGGGUGUCAGAUAAUGAAUAUCUUCAUCAGUCUGCAGAAGAUGAUAUUGUUCUUUACAAUGUUGAAAUGAACUACCUAACUAUCAUCAUGACUAACAGCACAAUGAAACAAGUUAAUGCUUCAAAUUAUGUGUUGUCCUCAGACAAAUAUUUCAUAGCUCUGGAAAGCAAUUACUCAAAGCUGUGGAGGUACUCUUAUACAGCAUCAUACCACAUUUAUGAUCUCAUAUAUGGUGGUUUUGUAGCAGAAAAUCAGCUUCCACAUAAAAUUCAGUAUAUAUCCUGGUCACCUGUUGGACACAAAUUGGUAUAUGUAUAUCAGAAUAAUAUCUAUUUGAAACAAAGUCCAAGAGAGGCAUCAAUUAAAAUAACUAAUGAUGGAAAACCAAAUGAAAUAUUUAAUGGGAUUCCUGACUGGGUCUAUGAAGAGGAAAUGCUAGCAACAAGAUAUGCACUGUGGUGGUCUCCAAGUGGAAAAUAUCUAGCAUAUGUACGAUUUAAUGAUUCUGACAUACCAGUUAUUGAAUAUUCAUAUUUUGGUGAGGACCAGUAUCCUAGAAAAAUAAUUAUCCCAUACCCAAAGGCUGGGGCUAAAAAUCCUACUGUUAAAGUGUUUAUUGUAGACACUGUUAGCACUGAAGUAUUUGGUCCUAAGGAGGUGCCAGUUCCUGCAGUCAUAGCAUCCAGUGACCACUAUUUUACUUGGCUUACUUGGGUAACAGAUACUCGAAUCUGUGUGCAGUGGCUAAAGAGAGUCCAGAAUUUUUCUGUCUUAGCUAUUUGUGACUUCAAAGAAAAUUCAAAUACUUGGGACUGUCCAGAGAAUCAACAGCACAUAGAAGAGAGUCAAACAGGAUGGGCAGGCGGAUUCUUUGUUUCUGCACCAUAUUUUACAUCAGACAGCAGUUCAUACUACAAAAUUUUUAGUGACAAAAAUGGUUAUAAGCAUAUUCAUUACAUCAAUGGCUCUGUGGAGAAUGCAAUCCAAAUUACAAGUGGAGAAUGGGAGGCAAUAUACAUUUUCAGAGUAACAAAUGAUGCAAUUUUCUAUUCAAGCAAUGAAUUUGAAGGCUAUCCAGGAAGAAGGAAUAUUUACAAAAUCAGUAUUGGAAGUAAACCUAUCAUAAAACAAUGCAUUACUUGCAAUUUAAGGAAAGAGAGAUGCCAGUAUUAUACAGCAAGGUUCAGUGAACGUUCUAAGUAUUACGCCUUGAUCUGCUAUGGUCCUGGGAUUCCCAUUUCUACUCUUUUUGAGAACCGUGGUGAUAGAGAGCUCAGAGUAUUGGAAGAUAAUUGGGAAUUGCAGUCCGCUUUGCAAGAGAUCAAACUUCCAAAAGAAGAAAUAAAUAAACUUGAAGUGGAUAGUAUAACUUUAUGGUACAAAAUGCUUCUACCCCCACAGUUUGAUAGAUCCAAGAAGUACCCUCUGCUUAUUCAGGUGUACGGAGGACCUUGCAGUCAGAAUGUAAAGGAAACAUUUAGCAUUAGCUGGAUAACCUAUCUUGCAAGCAAAGAAGGAAUUAUUGUUGCUCUAGUGGAUGGCAGAGGGACAGCUUAUCAAGGUGACAAGAUGUUACAUGCAGUAUAUCGAAGACUGGGAGUCUAUGAAGUUGAGGACCAAAUCUCAGCAGUGAAGAAAUUUAUAGAGAUGGGUUUUAUCGAUGAGAAACGAAUAGCAAUAUGGGGCUGGUCCUAUGGUGGGUACGUAACUUCUUUGGCACUUGGAUCUGGAAGUGGAGUAUUUAAAUGUGGAAUGGCUGUGGCACCUGUUUCCAGCUGGGAAUAUUAUGCAUCUAUCUACACAGAACGAUUUAUGGGUCUUCCUGUAGAGUCCGAUAAUCUUGAGCACUACAAGAAUUCAACUGUGAUGGCAAGAGCAAAGAAUUUCCAAAACGUAGAGUAUCUUCUCAUCCAUGGAACAGCAGAUGAUAAUGUACAUUUUCAGAACUCAGCACAAAUUGCAAAAGCUCUGGUUAAUGCACAGGUGGAUUUCCAGGCAAUG